GUACGGAGUAAUGGGAAGCCAGGAUUCGUCCAUGGGGAUCCAUUCACCCCUCCCCCAGUGACCUUUCCCCGCCGCACCGGCGCCUUACGGACACGUCCAUCGCUCGGGAGGCCGACCAUCGUUCGCUCUUUGCCAAAGGACGCGGCCACGGGCCAUGCUCCAUGCUCCUUGUUCCUGGAGCCGGCCACUGCGUUCGCUGCGUCCACACCCAAGAGGUACAUUGCCGCGUAACUUUGUUCGGUCGUACCCUGCGCACACUGUGGGAUGCGAAGGGGGAGAGAGUACAAGAGGGAAACAGAUGGAGAGAGAGGGAGAGCGCGUGAGAAGGAGAAAGAGGAAGAGAGAGAGGACCAGUCCCCAUCGUUCCCCAUGUACGGAUACGGAGUACCCAGAUUCCUCCCCCCUUCCAAGUCCACGCCCCUUUUUCCCAGCCCACCCCAGUCCACCUCCCUUCCUCCUCUUCCAGUCUCUUUCCCUCCUCCCCCCAAUCGCCGCUCGCUCUGAGGUGAGUGAAGGAAGUAGGAGGGAGUGGGUGGGCGUGUGUAGUCGUGCUGCGGUGCCAUAUUCUUACCCCUCCCCUCUCUCUUGCACCUUCUUCUUAGCGACCUGGUGGUGGGAAACGGCCAAUGGAGGGAUUCGUGCUCGUCCCCGACCAGCGCUUUUUUUGUCGGUCGUGGCCAGGUACUUGUUGGACUGGACCGUCUGGUCUCUUUCGUCCAUCGUUGGAGUUUCUGGGGCCCCUCCUAAACAUCCUCUGUCUCGUGCCCACAACUUUUCCCUCUCCAUCAGUUCCGUUCUCGAUACAAAGAGAAACGGAAGAUUUCAGAAGGAGAAAAAAAAGUUGAAGUCGGCCUGGACCUCGACAGCCCUGUUGAUCACCAGUUGACUAACCCCCAAGGCUCCCCCCCUCGAACCCCCCAACUCGUUCAAUACCACCACUACCCCCUCUCACCACAUGCGGUCGGCUGGCCCACCUCGGAGCCACUACGUACACCCGCCCACAGACACACCCCUGCUGAAUCCCCAAAAUAAUAUUAUUUCUCGCCCGGAGGCUUGUCUUUGCGACUCACUCAUCACCUGCCUAUCUGUCAACCACCUUCGAACAACACUACACAACGCAACAGCGUCGACCAACGAUCACACUCUCACCAUUAUCUUGCGAGGGAAAAAGUGUUCGACUCACGGUGUCGAACCUGAUCACUAUCGGUAGUUGGCAAUGGCCUCUUCAAAAGUAUGCCCAGAACGGGGAUUCCAACCCAUG